AAGGUAAAAUCCACACCACCUAAAAUUCAGUUUUGACCAUCUGUAUUUCCUGAAUCACAGUCACCAUUUUGGAUGUGGCCACUGUUCAAGUCCAUGGAACGGUGAGCUUUCCGGUUCCCCAAAGCUCCAGAGUCUAAGCAAUGUCUCUUUCAGCUCCUUCUGCACAGAGCUUGUGGAGGGCCUGGUGAAGUGGCUGGAGUUGUCCGAAGCCGUCCUGCCAACCAUGACUGCUUUUGCUAGUGGCCUGGGAGGCGAGGGAGCAGACAUGUUUGCUCAGUCUCUAUCGAAGGACCCCAUCUUGAAGGGUGACCCAUCUGUGAUCACUCAGGAUCUUCUGAGCUUCUCACUCAAGGAUGGGCACUAUGAUGCCAGGGCCAGAGUCCUCAUUUGCCAUGUGACUUCUCUGCUCCACGUGCCCUCGGAGGACCUGGAUAUCCUUGAAGAGACAUUCCUUGAGAGCCUAAAGGAAACCAAGGAGGAGGAAUCUGAAAUGGCUGAAGCAUCCCGGAAGAAGAAAGAAAAGAAGAGGAAAUGGAAGCGUCAUCUCCUGAUAGGCCUGGCGACUGUCGGUGGCGGAACAGUGAUUGGUUUGACCGGGGGCCUGGCCGCCCCUCUUGUUGCUGCGGGAGCUGCGACAAUUAUUGGGAGCGCCGGGGCAGCUGCACUGGGCUCAGCGGCCGGCAUAGCUGUCAUGACCUCGCUGUUUGGGGCAGCUGGAGCUGGCCUGACAGGAUACAAGAUGAAGAAGCGUGUUGGGGCCAUCGAGGAGUUCACAUUCCUGCCUCUGACGGAGGGCAGGCAGCUGCACAUCUCCAUCGCCAUCACGGGAUGGCUCGCAUCUGGCAAAUACCGCACCUUCAGUGCCCCCUGGGCCGCCCUGGCCCACAGCCGUGAGCAGUACUGCCUGGCCUGGGAGGCUAAGUACUUGAUGGAGCUCGGCAAUGCCCUGGAGACCAUCCUCAGUGGCCUCGCCAACAUGGUGGCCCAGGAGGCCCUCAAGUACACCGUACUGUCCGGCAUUGUGGCAGCCCUGACCUGGCCAGCUUCCCUCCUCAGUGUGGCCAACAUCAUUGACAACCCCUGGGGGGUGUGUCUCCAUCGGUCAGCAGAGGUGGGCAAGCACCUGGCACACAUCCUGCUCUCCAGGCAGCAGGUGACAGCGCCUGAGCUCCCGGUAGCAGGAGAAAGGAAGAGCUGGAGGAGAAACAGCAAAGGCCUUACUGCCUGUCAGCUGACACCUCCUUGA